UUGAGACACGUGCUUCCGUCCGCAGUCCGGAAGCCGAGGGUUGUGGAUUUGUUUUGUGAAAAUUUCACUAUAUUGCUGUUAUAAACGAGUACAUUUUGUUGACUUUCAUUCCAUUCACAAUGACAACAAAACCUAACCCACUGGCAUGUGGUACUGCUCAAGAAACAACCACUCAGAAGGACGAACUGAGCAAGAAGAUUCGGGAACAGAAGAUUCUGGUUGAUGAGCUCUCUAAUUUGAAGAAGAACAGGAGUGUGUACCUCCAGCAGCCCAAUAGCAACAUUUUCUUCCUGGCAGACAGAGCCCAGACAAUGAGCGCGUGUAAAAAGGACCUGGACAACCUAAAGAAAGAAUUCCAAGAAAUGUAAGAGGAUAGCAGUGGAAGAGCACAAAAAAUGUGUGGAAUUUGUUGUGUGCUGAGCCUGUCC